AUGCGGUCACUUCCUGGUCAUGUGACCUGUCAACAGAAGCAGCGAUGGAGAGAAGCUAAGGAAGUAAUUCCAGUGGGCUUGUGUAAUGGCAGCAGUUUGGCAGCAGGUUUUGGCACUGGAUGCAAGGUACAAUGCAUAUCGCACACCUACCUUCCCCCAGUUUCACAGUACCUGAGGCUGCGCAGUCAGCUGUUGGCCCUGCGCUACGGGCCUCUGUCUGAGCAGAGCAGCUUUAGGGCCAGCAGUGUGCGCAGCUCCCGCACCACUCUGGAUCGCAUGGAGGAUUUUGAAGAAGACCCUCGAGCUCAAGGGGCCCGUGGUCAUCGUCGAUCUGUCAGCAGAGGCUCAUACCAGCUACAAGCACAGAUGAAUCGAGCGGUCUAUGAUGAGAGACCCCCGGGCAGUCUAGUACCCACAUCUGUAGCAGAGGCCAGCAGAGCCAUGGCAGGGGACACAACUCUAAGUGAAAACUAUGCCUUUGCUGGAAUGUAUCACAUAUUUGACCAACAUGUGGACUCUGCUGUUCCUCGAAUACAGUUUGCCAAUGAUGACAAGCAUCUCCUUGCUUGCUGCUCGCUGGAUGGCAACUUGUCUAUUAUGACGCUGUCUCCAUCUCCUCCCAGCGUCAAGGUGACUCUGAAAGGUCACGGGGGUCCGGUCACAGACUUUGCUUGGUCCCUAAGCAAUGAUGUCAUUGUUUCCACAUCCCUUGAUGGCACUCUGCGCAUCUGGAACACAGAGGAUGGGCGCUGCAUCCGAGAGGUCAGAGAUCCUGAGUCCAGUGAGCUGCUCUGCUGCACCUUCCAGCCCAUGAAUAAUAACCUGACUGUGGUGGGAAACAGCAAGCACCACCUGCAGGUGGUGAACAUCUCCACAGGGAAGAAGGUGAAGGGGGGCUCAAGCAAGCUGACAGGCCGCGUGCUGUCUGUCUCCUUUGAUGCUCCGGGGAAAAUCCUGUGGGCGGGCGACGACAGGGGAAGCAUCUUCUCCUUUCUCUUUGACAUGGCCACAGGGAAACUGACCAAAGCCAAGCGCCUGGUGGUGAGCGAGGGCAGCUCCAUCUGCAGUAUCUCUGCUCGCUCUUGGAUUAGCCGUGAGGCCAGAGACCCCUCCCUGCUGGUCAACGCCUGUGUCAAUAAGCUACUGUUGUACAGGGUAGUGGACAAUGAAGGAGCACUGCAGCUGAAGAGAAGCUUUCCUAUUAAACACGGCUCACAGCUUGUUCAUAGCAUUUUUUGCCCCUUAAUGUCUUUUAGACAGGGGGCCUGUGUGGUGACUGGCGGCGAGGACGGCUGUGUCUACUUCUUCGACGUGGAGCGGAACACUAAAGCGAUCGUGAACAAGCUGCAGGGCCACGGAGGACCCGUUCUGGACGUGAGCUUCAACUGUGACGAGAGCUUACUGGCCUCUGCCGACUCCACCGGCAUGGUCAUCAUCUGGAGGCGGGAGCAGAAGUAA